GGAAUUCCUUUGAUUUUGUGCACAAUAUCAAUUAUCUUAUCCAUAUUUCUUACGGCAAUUGAUCAAACGGUUGUAAUAACUGCCUUGGCAGGAAUAGAGGAAGCUUUUGGUGGUGCUUCCCAAAUUGGGUGGUCAACAGCAGGUUAUGUACUUCCCAUGGCAGUGUUGGCACUUUUCUGGGGCCGUUUCGGUUUAGUAAUGGGAAGAAAGAGUUCUGUUUUAAUAUCCAUAUUCUUUUUCGAAGUUGGGUCUUUAAUAUGUGCCCUAUCUAAGUCUAUGGGCAUGUUUAUUGGUGGAAGAGUUAUUACAGGCAUUGGAGCCGGGGGUAUACAAACAAAUGUCUUCAUGAUAAGUUCAGAAAUCACGCCUCUAAAUCAAAGAGGUAUCAUAAUAGCCUUUGUGACUAUGUCCUUAAUUCCUGCUGCUGUCAUAGGACCGGUAAUAGGAGGUCUUUUUACUAGCUCCAAGACCUUGACUUGGCGUUGGUGUUUCUACAUAAACUUACCUUUUGGCGGGGUUGCUGCACUAUUUCUACUGCUACUUUAUAAACCUAAGAACGACAAGUCAAGGUUUAUUUGGAACUGGAACAAGACAAUAUUCAAAAGAUUGGUUAAUACAUUUGAUCUUGUAGGAGUUCUUCUAGUCGGGAUAUCUUUAGUUUUAUUUCUUGUUGGUUGUUCUUUAGGGGGUACUGGUUUAAAUGGUUUCAAUAAACCAGUUACGAUAUGUUUCACUAUAAUUGGAGGUGUACUUUUCCUUUGUUUCAUAUACUAUGAAUUCUAUUGCUACAAAGUCAACCAGGAAAUGCACUACUAUCCAAUGCUUCCUAAAGAAUUAAUUUUCAAGAGACAAGUCUUGGCUCCGGGACUCAUAAUGUUGUUGUCGAAUAUGGUAUUUAAUGGCUCGAGCAUUUACAUUUCAAUCUAUUUUGAAAAUCUAUUGGGUAACUCUCCUUCGAGAACUGGAGUUCAUCUUUUGCCAAUGAUAUUGCCUACCAUAUUAACUACUAUGAUUUCUGGGCUAAUUUGUAGCAAAGUCGGUAUUGUCAAACCUGUGUUAAUUUUUGGAUCUAUUUGCGGAGUCAUUAGCAGUGGAUUGAUUACUAUGCUUAAUUAUCAUUCUAGUGAUGGGGAAAAGAUAGGGUUUCUAUUUCUUGUUGGAUUUUCCUUUGGUUUCUUCAACCAAGCAAGUAUGAUUGCUGCUCAGCUAUCUGUAUCUGAAGAUCAAACAGAUUAUACAUUGAUAAUUACAUCAUUUACUGCUUUCAUGAGAUCUUUUGGAGCCUCAUUGGGUGGUAUAGUACUUACUUCAAUUUAUUCCAACACAGUCAAUAAGGAACUACAGAAGUAUCCCCAAUUUAGAGAGGAGACCGUUGACCAAAUCCUAAAAAAUGGAAGCUUGCAAGGAUUUGAUCAGCAUGAAGCCUCUAUCCUUAUCAAUGCAUUGUCGAUUGGGCUCAAAUGGGUUUUUCACUCAAUUCUCAUCUUAUCCGUCUCUUGUCUCUUCAUUUCCUUUACUACUUCCAACGCCAGGGUUCCUCAAAAGAAAAAGGAAGAUACUGAUAUCGUAGAAGCGUAA